CCGUGACAUGGCAAAUCAGGAUAGGCUGAAAAACAUGGCCCCACACACAGACCCAAUAUGGCAGAGGGAAACCACACUUCAUCUCAGCAACUGUCUCCACCUUCAGAUUCAGCACCGGCGAUGCCAACCUCACCGGAGUCCCUGAUUAGUCUCUAAAUAUAAAUGAAGAACAUAAUAAAAACAUACACUAUUUCACAUGGUUCCUCUAUCCAAUGCCCACUUCUUCUAAAUUUCAUUCAAAUCGCACAAAACGCGUUCCCUGCAUAGUUAAAUCCCUUCUUCAUUUAUCCUCUCAAGGCCAACUCUUUCAAGCAAUUUCCUCUCUCGGGCUCUUAUCACGUAAUGGCAUUCGCUUGCCAUCAAAAACACUAGCUUACCUUCUCCAACAGUGUGCAAAUACAAAAUCGCUGAAGUUAGGGAAAUGGGUUCAUUUACAUUUGAAGGUAACUGGAUUAAAAAGACCCAAUACGUUUUUGGCGAAUCAUUUAAUUAAUAUGUAUUCAAAGUGCGGUGAUUAUGCAAGUGCAUAUAAGGUGUUCGAUGAAAUGUCUACGAGGAAUUUGUAUUCCUGGAAUGGUAUGCUUUCUGGGUACGCUAAAUUGGGUAAGAUAAAACCAGCUAGAAAGCUGUUUGAUAAAAUGCCAGAGAAAGAUGUUGUGUCUUGGAAUACAAUGGUUAUUGCGUAUGCAAAGAGUGGGUUUUGCAAUGACGCUUUGCGGUUUUAUAGGGAGUUGAGGAGGUUAGGGAUAGGGUAUAAUGAGUAUAGUUUUGCUGGUUUAUUGAAUAUUUGUGUGAAGGUUAAGGAACUGGAGCUUUCUAAGCAGGCUCAUGGGCAGGUUUUGGUUGCUGGGUUUUUAUCAAAUUUGGUGAUUUCAAGUUCGGUGCUUGAUGCCUAUGCAAAAUGCAGUGAGAUGGGUGAUGCAAGGAGGUUGUUUGAUGAGAUGAUUAUUAGGGAUGUUCUUGCUUGGACAACAAUGGUUUCAGGGUAUGCUCAAUGGGGUGAUGUGGAGGCAGCUAGUGAGUUGUUUGAUUUGAUGCCUGAAAAGAAUCCUGUUGCAUGGACAUCUUUGAUUGCUGGGUAUGCUAGACAUGAUUUAGGACAUAAGGCGCUUGAGUUGUUUACAAAGAUGAUGGCGCUUAAUAUUAGGCCAGAUCAAUUUACUUUUAGUAGUUGUCUUUGUGCUUCUGCUAGUAUAGCUUCAUUAAAUCAUGGUAAACAAAUACAUGGUUAUUUAAUACGCACCAAUAUCAGACCUAAUACAAUUGUUGUGAGCUCUCUCAUUGACAUGUACUCAAAAUGCGGUUGUUUGGAAGUAGGGAGGUUGGUUUUUGACCUUAUGGGUGAUAAGUGGGAUGUUGUCUUGUGGAAUACUAUAAUUUCUUCCCUGGCACAGCAUGGUCGUGGUCAAGAGGCUACACAAAUGUUUGAUGACAUGGUCAGAUUAGGCAUGAAGCCAGAUCGGAUAACAUUGAUUGUCCUUCUGAAUGCAUGUAGUCAUUCAGGACUAGUUCAAGAAGGUCUUAGGUUAUACGAGUCCAUAACUAGUUGUCAUGGUGUCAUCCCCAAUCAGGAACAUUAUGCAUGCUUGAUUGAUCUCCUAGGCCGUGCAGGCCAUUUUGACACGUUGAUGAAUCAACUUGAGAAGAUGCCAUGUAAGCCAAAUGAUCAAAUUUGGAAUGCCUUGCUUGGUGUUUGCAGAAUGCAUGGAAAUAUAGAAUUUGGAAGAGAAGUAGCUGAAAAAAUUAUUGAAUUGGAUCCUCAAUCCUCUGCAGCAUAUGUGUUACUAUCAAGUAUACAUGCUGCGGUUGGGCGGUGGGAAUUAGUGGAAAAUGUGAGACAGCUUAUGAAUGAGAGACAUGUAAGGAAGGAUCGAGCCAUUAGUUGGAUAGAGAUUGAAAACAAAGUGCACUCUUUCACUGCAUCAGAUAGGUUACACCCAUUGAAAGAAGUAAUAUAUUUGGCUUUGAAACAAUUAGCUGGCCACAUGGAAGAAGUUCUAUCAACUAAUAGAGAGAGGUAGAAGUUUUUCAUCAUUAAUUUUUCCUGGUGGUGUUGAGGAAUAAUUAAAAGUUUAAUACUCCGUCAGUUUUGCUCAACUUGUAACAUUUUCUUCACUUGAAUGAGCUGGCCUUCCAGUAAUGUAGCAUGUAGUUCAUUUUUUUUCUGAAUUUUUUUCUUUUUUCUUUUUAUUUUUUAUAAAAUUGAAUCUCUGCAGUGUUAUACUUGUGAGAUUUAUUCAAAAGAUCUAGACAAGCGAUCACUUCAAAGAUAUUCUGUUUUCUCCUUUAUAAUUGUUUGAGUUUGUUGUUUAUCCAAUAAAUUGGUAAAAAAAAGAAAACUCUCGUGCUUAGUUUGUGUUCUUGUUGUGAGCAUUUAACUAUCAUCUUUGUGAAAUAUGAUUAUUUGCAGCUAAGGAGAUUAAGCUAGUUGGUUAGAUGGUCACAGGCUGUUGGGUGAUUUUAAGCCAAAGUACAAAGGCACGGACUUUGGUUUGUUGGGCCUAUUUCUAUUAAAUCAAGGACUUUAUCAAAUCAGAAACAAAUGCUUUCUUAAAAGAUGAUAUAGUGCAUGUAGAAGAACACUCAUGUUAAAUUUUAACAAUGUGAACUGAGUUCUGGUUUUAGUUGCACUCAGUUGGCUUUUAGAUAGACCUUGUUUUUCUGCAGCUUUGCACAUGUGUCCCAUAGAGGAAAGAGUCUUUUGAUAGCCUUUCUUACUGAAAACUGAAGAUGUCUGCAAGCACUUUCUGUUUUAUUAUGACUGAAAUUUUCUUUCCCAUCUUACUUGUUCAUUUUUCAUUUUAGUUGAUAUCUCUUUAGCAGUUGUCUUCGUACUGACAUUCUUCUUGCUCUUUGUACAAGAUAGCUAUUACUUUCUUGUUUUUGUAGAUUGCAGCAAGUUCAUUAUAAUCAUUGAUCGACUGUGCUACUAUGAGGAGUGGGCAGGUUGCUGAAAUGGACUUCAAAGAAAGAACUGCUGAUGGGAAAACAGAUAUCCGGCUUGCUUACAAGGACGAUAGAGGGGUGUGUUUCUUGUCAUCACCUUGAAUCAUUGGGCUAAGACCCUGCAGCUUCUAAAUGCACAUGGUAGGCCCUUUUGAUCUUUUAUGAUAAUUUUCUCCUUCAUCCUUAAUAUGGGGUUUUGUAUAAUCUGUUAGUGGAUUUCAGUUCUUUAGCUGUCUAAGACUCUUUUUGCAUCACUUGUCAUAUGUAGCAAAGAUUGUCCCUUUUGCUUUUUCUUUUUCCCCUUUAAAUCCUAUAUAUAAUAUAUAUAUACACACACACACAUUUGAAGCUUGUGUUAAGAAAAAAAUUGUAAGCUUGUAGUUACCUGAUUGCUUGAUCUGGCUGUGGGGGUGAAGGAAAACUACUACUGAUGAGAAAGUACUUUGAAUCUUCCUCAUGUGUACGGUUUAAACUGUGGAAAAUUAUGAAGCAGGUGCAUGAUUGAACAGGAAGACCCUACUCCAUGCUUUUUAAUUAUGAAAGGAACUCUAAUUUAUCCACGAAAUGAUUGAUUGAGCGCGUUACCUUCAAUUAAAGACAUCUUUGAGUGCUUUCUAA